AUGUUAUUAUUACCAGUGGAUGUUCCAGGUGCCCAUUUGAAGAACAAUUUAUUAAUUGAGGAUCAUUCAGUUGCAGAACUUCAAAGAUGGUUAGAAUGUAGGGGCUACAAGAAGAGUGGAGUGAAAUUAGAACUGAUUGAAAGACAUGUGGAAAAAUAUGGAACUGGAGUUGUGCCCCCCACAAGUAGACCCAGAGAAUGGGGCAUUGGUUCCAGAAAAAGAAAUCGAGGUCAAACUUCAAAGUCUACAUACCCCAUGAAAAGACUUAGGCCAUUGAAGAGAGCUGAAUUUGAUCCUAGACCUACUAAUCUCAUAAGAGAGGUUGAUUUUAAUAGUUUUUCAGUUGAUUUACAAAAAGGAGACGAACUUUCUAUGUUUCAAAAAAUACUCAAACUUGAGUAUAAGGACUUUCAAUAUAGUUUGAAGGAAUUACAUAUUUGUUCUCAACAAACACAACAGUUUUUGGACAACAUAAGAAAAUUUCUCAAUAACUUUUCCACUGAACUCAUCGAGAUUCCUGGGACUGUUCAAGGUUCAGAGGACUGGUAUAGAUGGAGGACAUACUUUAUAACAUCAUCAAAUGCUGAAGUUGUGAGCAGACUCAUCUCAAAAAAUGCAAAGAAGAAUUUUUUGCUGCGUAAUCUAUGGAGAAGUUUGCCACCAGUUAUGACAGCUGCCAUGUUGUAUAGUAAAGAGGAGUGA